AGAAGGAACGAGAUCGGGCCUACCUAAAAGCUGAUAAUGCACUUGCCUCUCGAGGUACUCGAUUUGUGCAGCAAGACACCCUGGGCGCAUGGAAUGUGUAAAGACAAAAAAUAAACUUGUGAUUUACAUAGAAAUGAUUAAAUUGGAAGACACUGUUCUCUCCAAUCCCGACGACGACCAAAUUCCACCGGUGAAAGGCGAGGAUAACAGCCCUACAAAGGUACCCGCAAGGAUCCGUGAAAUUAUUACAAAGAAUUUGUCAGCAGAUGAUCUCAUCCCCUUGGACCACACCAACGGUACAGCGCCAAGCAUGAUGUCAAUGCAAGAGGAGAAUCGUAUGCUACAGAAUGAGCUAAGCCGUGUUGAGGAUCUACUUGCAGGUAGCCGGGCUGAACGUGAUGAGCUUGCUAUUAAGUACCAGGCCCUUGCAGAUAGAUUGGAGCAGUCAUUCAAGUCUGAUAUUACCGAUAAAGAGCGUGAAGAACAAAACAAAAGCUUAGUCGGGCAAAAUAUCGAGCUUCGUCGUAAGCUGGAAGAAGAACAUUCUAACUACAAGCGUAAACUGCAGGCUUACCAGGAUGGCCAGCAACGUCAGGCUCAACUGGUCCAGAAACUACAGGCUAAGGUACUCCAGUACAAACGCAAGUGCGGUGAGUUAGAAUCCCAGAUACAAGACAAGAUGUCAGAAUCUGACACAGCUGUUUCGCUUCGCUCCACUACUGAUGAUCUGAAAUCGCGUCUAGAGAGUGCUGAAGAACGGCUCAGAAUGACUGAGCAAGAGCAUAGUUCCGAUCUGGAGAAUGCGCUGAUUAAGCUGGAGGAAGAGCAGCAGAGAAGCGCCAGUCUGGCUCACGUGAACUCCAUGUUGCGUGAACAGCUUGACCAAGCCACCGCAGCAAAUCAGAACCUCACCCAAGACAUCAACAAGCUCACGCAGGAUUGGGCAAAGGCACGUGAAGAGUUGGAGACAAGGGAAUCGGAAUGGCGAUCGGAGGAAAGGUCAUUCAACGAGUACUUCAAUAAUGAACACGCUAGAUUGUUGUCGUUGUGGCGUGCUGUUGUCAGCUUUAGACGCUCGUUUAGUGAAAUGAAGUCUGCAACUGAGAGGGAUGUGUCGCACAUGCGCGCUGACCUGAACCGUACUUCACGCAACAUGCAUUCUGCAUGCCUCAAUCUGGCAUCAAACAUCCGAUCAUCGGAGGCCUCCAGCGGCGCCCACAUCGAAAAAGAACGAGCUGACCGUUUGGCAUUGGAGUCCCAGCUUCGUGAGAAGGUUAAAGACAACUUAGACAUGCAGGCUAAGUUUGAUGCGGAGAAAGCGGAUCUUAACUCCAGAAUAAAUGAGCUGACUGUCAUGAAUGAGAAAUAUAAAAUCCAGAUUGCUGAGAAAGACAACUUGGUUCGCACAAUGAACAAGCCUAUGGAUGGAGCUGAUGCCGGUAAAACUGAGUACGGCAAAGAUGCUCCUGAUAGUGCAGAAGACCUGCAAGGACUUCGAGAAGAAUGUGAUGCCCUGCACACGGCACUCCGUGACAUUGCACAAGCCGUCAUUCAGGAUGCAGAAGAACCAACAUCUGAAUAUCCAACGAAGGAAGAUGGCGAUAUCACAUUCCCCACACCAUUUGCCUGGUCAACACCAAUGAGAUCUCCAUCACCAUCUCGGCUCUUGCGUGGCUCUAGAUCCUUGUCACCAUCUCGGCACUCUCGUUCCCCAUCGAGACGUGGUGUUUCUCCCGGGCGACCAGGUUCUCCACAGUUUGCAGAGUCAACCUUCUCCGCUGUUCAAGCUGCUCUGCAGAAGCGUCAACUACAAGUGCAGGAACUGCGAGCUAAGCUAAGUUCAUCUAAGGACCAAGGUGAAAUGCUAAAGAAACAUCUGGAGAGGGCCGAGAAUGACCAUCGCCAACAGGAGCGACAGAACAUGGUACUGAAGGAAGAACUAGAGUCUGCUAAGCGACAGGCUGAUGACAUCCGCCGUGAUCGCGACAGAUUGAGGAACUCUCUAGAGGCUACCGGAAGUGAAAAAUCAGCCCUUGAGAACCUAAGAGCCAGCCUGAAUGACCAGAUUGAAGCCCUAAACUUGGAAUGCGAACGCCUUCAGGCGGCCAACUCUGACCUGCAGCGACAGAGGGAUAACCUAGAAGAUGAGAAUGAAGAUCGAGAGAAGGACAUGGGACGACAAAAGAAGGAAAUUGAACGAAGCCACAAACUGAUUGACCAGGUAGAGAGCAAGAACUCCUCCUUAAAGGAAGAGAUAGUAGCUUUGAAGGAAGCCUUCAACAAAGCCAUUUUAGAAAAAGAGGUGCUGGAACAAGAGAAAGCAGAGAUCAAUGAAGCGCUUUCCCAGGCUGAACGUCAUCGUGCUGAGCUACAUCUGAACAUGAAUAAGCUUAACAACGAAGAAGCUGCCUUAAAGGAUGCAUUGAUUAAGAUGCAGUCAUUGAAUGAAGGCCUUGGCCAAGAUAAAAUUGAGCUCAACAAGAUCAUUAUGAUGAUGGAGAGUGAAAAAGCAGCUCUUCUGUCGGAGAAAGGUGAACUAGAGCAGGAGAAAUCCAGCAUUCGUGAAGAGCUUGUUAGAGUUGAGAAUGAAAAGAUGGAUACAGAAACGGAAAAGAUGGGUCUGGAUCAGAGUCUAAAUCUUGCUGAACAGAGUAGGGAACGGCUGGAGGAAGAGUUUGGACAACUUGUGAAGGAAAAGACGGACCUACAUGACAGAUUGGCUGUGGUAUGUUUUUUUUUUUUUAUCUUUUGUGGGGUCACCCGACUUUUGUUCAUCAAAUUUCAAUUUCUAUCGUACAGUAACCUCAUAUUUAAAGAAAUAGCUUCAGAGCGUGAGAAUCGUGCUUUGUCUGAGGUUAUUGCUGCUUUGACAAGUGACAAAGAAAGUCUAGAGACUGCCCUCUAUGAGAUGCAGCAAACAGCAGUGAAGCUUGAGAACCGCAAAGACCAACUGGAUGCAGAGGUUCAAGAACUCCAGCUAUCUAAGGAGGCACUUACUGUUGAUCUGGCUCGUGUGAACAAAGAGAUUGAGAUCCUCGCUGCCAAGAGCGAGCGCGACAUAGAGAUGCUCAACCAGUCUAUUGCUCAGAUGGAGCGAGAUGCUCAGAUGGCUGCUAAGCAACAAGAGCAAGUCCAUGAAGAUGAGGUUGAUGGUUUGUCCAGAGAAAAGGAGAGAAUUUGCUCUGAACUGAACGAGGAGAAAGAAAAACUGAUUGAGGAAGCCGCCAAAGAGAAAGAGGAGAUGCAUAUGCAACAUGAGCUUGAGAAGGAUGCUCUUACGGAAGAAAUCGCCAAUCUCCAGAAAGACCGAGACGAGAGUCUGUUGAUGGCAGAAAACGACAAACAGCAGGCUCUCUCCAUAGCCCAGCAAGAUAAGAACCAAGUGGCUGAAAAGCUAAGCAAUGCUCAACGAGAGCUUGUAAAUGCGUCGAUGGAAAUGGAUCGUCUUAAACGUGAAUCGUUUGCUCGGGCUGAACAAGACAAGAAUGCUAUUGCUGCUGCCCAUGAAGAACUCAAGGAUCUGACUGCCAAGUUUGAGGAAGCAAUGGAUGAACGUGAGAAAGAGGCUAAAGAUCUGACCAAUCAGAUUAAAGAACUGCAGAAAGUCAAGGAAGGAUUAAUGCGAGAGGUGUCUGAGCUGAAGACACAACUUAAAAUGGUGGAGGAGAGUAGAGACGGUGUCAGACGAGACUUAAUAGAAGCUCAUCGUAAGAUAAGAGAAGCUGAUGAGACCCGUGAAUUAAUUCGGAAGGAGGUGGUAGAUCAAAAACGUCAACUUCAUGAUGAAGUGUUGGAAAAAGAAGCCCUCCAGGUAUCCAAUGAGGAGCUCCGUAACAAAAUAAAGAAAGUCGAAAGUGAUAAGAUAUCCCUAAACCGUAGUAUUGAAGAUAAAAACCAGAAAAUUGGAGUUCUUGACGAGGCCAAAGAUGGCGUACAGAAAGAAGCUGUUAACUUAAGAGCAAGUCUGCGUGAAGUUGAGAAAUCCAGAUUGGAAGCACGACGAGAAUUGCAGGAACUCCGUCGACAAGUGAAAACUCUAGAGGGCGACAGAUCAAAAAAGAUGAAGGAAAACCGUGACUUGCAAGGCAAGGUGGCCCACGACAAUGAGAUGAUUGAGGAUCAUAGAAGAGAGAUUUUUAGCCUCAAACAAAAGGUCAUGGAAACGGAAACUGGAAGAGAAGCCGCUCGUAAAGAGGUUCAGAACCUAAAGAGGAAACUCAAUGACCUGAAUGAAGAGCUGCGUCUGCGAGAGAAACAGUUCCAUGCCACAUUGGAUGAAGCAAGCAUGAAGGAGCGUAAGAUUCAGGAGCGUCUCCGAGACAGUGAGUCUACUUUAGACGGACUAGCCGGUGAAUUCAGCGACAUUAAGUUGAAGCUCAGUGCAGCUGAGGGCCGUAUCAAUGGACUAGAAGCUCAACUGGCACAGGUCGAAGGCUCCAAAAAGGAAUCUGAGUUUAAGCUAGGUAGCUUGUACUCCACCCUGAGACGAACUCUUGGUAUUGGUGCUGCUGGACGUUCACCAAGCCCAUAUCGCACGAGAAGCCCCAGUCCAACAAGACGAAGAGCUAAAUCACCAACCAAAGGCUUUGACAACACGUUCACUACAACCACAGAUGGCCGAGGAAGCCCGAUUCCUACUACCGGAUCACCAGAUAGAUCCCGCAGCCCAACCCGUAGCAUGUCGCCAUCUCGCUUGGAACAACUUGUGGUGGACAUCGACCCGGAGACGCUUCGUAUUGCUUUGCGGGAUUUCUCAACGCAGUUGAAGGAUGCAGAAAGAGACAGGGAUGAAGCUUAUGGCAAAGUUAAGAGUUUAAAUCAAGAGUUAACAAACUUGGAACAAGAUCGAAACCGCCUUGAAGCACGCAUGCAGAACAUGCAGAAGUCUCUUGGUGAAACGGAGGAAGGCAAGAGAGGAGCAGAUGGCCGCUUGAGUAGUGCUCAGACUGCACUCAUGCUCCAAGAGGAAACCAUAAAGCGUAUGGAACGGGAUCGCCGGGGUGCUCAGGAAAAGAUGAGCAUGCUCGAGCGCUCGUUGCAGUCUGCAGAGGGCGACAAACGUGUCCUGAAUGACAAGCUUAACAAAAUGAAGCAGAAUGAGCAACGUCUGGACACUGAGAAGCAACAGCUCCGGCAGAUGUUAGAGGAGUCUGACAACCGUGGAACUCAGUUGGAGUUGAAGCGUAGAGCUCUGGAAGGAGAUCUCCAGAGGAUGCAGCUUUCAAUGAAUGAUCAAGUCACUGAAAACCAGGUUUUGAAGGAACGAGUCGAGUCAUUGAUGAGGCAGAUUCAGGAUCUAGAGAGUAAGAGGACCUCUUUGCAACUGACUGUUGACCGCCUGUCCACAUCGUUGGCAAAAACAGAGGAAGGGGAGAGUAGCCUUAAGAACAAGGUUCAAUCUCUGUCGAUGUCGCUGAAUGAUAGCACCACCACGUCCAACCAGCUACAGGACAGGAUCCAACAGAUACAGCAGUCACUGACCAGCAGUGAACAUGACAGAAGGGUUCUCCAAGAAAGACUAGAUGCUGCCAGACAAGCCUCAUCAGAAACCAAGAAACAAAACCAUCAACUUAUGGAGCGGUUGCAGACGAUCCAGAAUGAUAAUUCCGAACUUGAGGUCCGACACUCAGAACUUGAAGCUCAAGUUCGCAAUUCACAGCAGCUUCUGAAGCAGCGACAAGAAUCUGAAGAGGGUGCCAUGCAGGCCAUCCGAAAACUGCAGGAUGAAAAACGAAAUCUUCAGGAGCAUGUUGGCACGCUGCAGAGGGCAUAUGCUAACUUAGAGUCAGAGAAGCGAGGAAUUGAACGCAGUGCUGGUCGUCUGGAGAAGGACAAGACUGCUCUAAAAAAAACCUUGGACAAGGUUGAGCGUGAGAAGAUCAACAUCGAUGAAGCUGUGAUGCGGGUGUCCUCAGAGAAGGGACUUCUAGAUAAGACAUUAUCUGGCCUAGAGCAAGAGAAUACAGACUUGAAUCGUCAGGUGCAGACUUUGCAAAGCUCAUUGGCUGAAACUGAGCAACAGCAUGCUACAAGAUUGAUAGACCUGACCACCAGACAUAGACAAGAAAUGGAGAUGGAGACGGACAGACUUCGAGGUGCCCAGGUGCAAGCAGAGCGCACCCUAGAAGCACGAGAACGUGCCCAUCGACAUCGAGUCAAGGGUCUAGAAGAACAAGUGUCGACCCUGAAGGAUCAACUUGGUAAGGAGAUGCGCAAACGACAGCAGUUCAUUACACGCUCUGUAAAGAAUAACGAUGAGAUCCAAGAUCUACGUAAUAUGCUGAGCGAUUCUUUGCACAACGUUUCACGUGACCCAACACUUGACCCUCUUCUCCUUGAGCAUGAAACCCGGAAACUGGAUGAAUCUAUGGGAUAUUCUGGUUACGGUGGGGCAUCUCCACCUGUAAGCCUCAGUGCCUCGAGGCGCACACGUAGCUCCUCCCCAGUACGCUUGGCUGCUCAGGCAACCUCCACCCCGGCCAGAGGUGCUCGUUCCCCACGAAGUGCUCUUGGACGUUCAAUACCGCCAAGCAGAUCUCUUAACAACUAACUGAUCAAAAGACAGAUAACAUCUUUUGCAUUUUUUGCAUUUUAUUAAAAUUCUAUAAAUCCCGUUUGGACUAUUUACUUGUCAGGUUUUUAGUAAGGCUAAAGCGCAUUUUUCAUUCAACUUUUCAUUGUGAUGUAGUUUUAAGAAUUGUUUUAUGGAUUAAUACAAUAUUAUGAAUAUUUUGAAUGUGAUGUUUUUAGAUGCUUUUUUGAUGGAUAUUUGCUAGUCUUGUUUUUGAGGUAAAUGUGAGGUGAAUUAUUUUCACUAAAGUAUUUAGAAUGAAAUAGAGGAAGAGUUACAUUAUUGUGUGGUUAGAUUCUUUAAUUUCACGUUGAGAAUGAUCACUGAUUGUUGAUUAGAAUGCCACGGUUAAUCUAGUCUUUGUGAAUGCUUAUCUUGAAAAACCCGACUACUGUAAUUGCCAUUUCAUUUAAGUUAUACCAUUACUACAAAAAUCGAACCAUCACACCAUCCUAGGACCACCAUGAUUAUACCCAAACAUCACCCUCUGUCAACACGGAUCAGAUAAAAGGGAUCUAGCCAUUACAUUGGCUCGGAGCCAACGGCCAACCAAGCUUUAGUUUAAGGAGUAGGUUUUUUAGUUUCAUAAAAUAACAUAAACUUUUUUCAAAAUGUCUAACUCAAAGAUCUCAAUCACCAAGCGCAUACAGGCUUUUUCGCAUGAUGCGCUGUACAAAUCCAACUAUUAUUAUUAUUAUUAUUAUUAUUAUUAUUAUUAUUAUUAUUAUUAUUAUAUAGAGGUGAACAUGUUUCAAGAGUAUUAUAACACUUGUUUUUGAAUGCGCUGGUUCAUGUAAAGCUGUGUUUAAUAUCGGUUUUAUUGGAACCACCAAGUAUGUAUUUGUAGGUUUUUGUCACAUUUAAUCUUUUUUUGAACAUCUUUCACUCUGUACUUAAAUCAAGAAUAGGUUUUGAACAGUAUAUAUACAGAUACAGUACUGUGUAAACUCAUUAUGUUGCUAGUUACUUGGGUUAGUAAAAAUCAUUUUAUAUUCUUAAUUUACAAGUAAAAAUACAAACUUAAAAAAAAAAAAGUAUACCUUCAUGGUGACUACUCAAACGCAACUAACCUUUUGCAUAUUUUGAUGAACCAAUCAAUAAACAGUAAUUAUUUUAUACUCGGUACUUUUAAAUGCAUUCCUUACAAACUUGCUUGGUUUAAACAUAAGUGGCUUAAUUUUUCUUUAUUAUUUGUGUGCCAUAUUGAUACCUUUGAAAAUGAUUUAUGUCCCCUAGUGAUCCUAGUUAAUAAGUAUAUAAUGUUGUUUAAACAAUUUGCACUGUUUAGGGUUAACUACGUUUCGUAAAAAAUUGUCUGCAACUAUGUAUUGUAAGGUGAACACUAUUUUUUAUACAUUGUUCAUAGAUAUUCUGAAUAUAAGUGGUUUGUGUAAGAAAUAAAUUUAGAUAAGAAAUGGUAAAUUUCUAUGCAAAUGAUCCACCUGUAUCUGUAAACCAUCAAUUUGAAAUUUAUAACCAUAUAGAUCAAACAGAAAGAAAUUAAGAUAUUUUAAAUCAAGUUAUAGCUUCAAACCAAACCAUUGAAUACAGUGCAUCAAAUAGAGUUUACUGUUGUUUUGUUUAAAAUAUGUAGAACAUGAUUAUUGAACAUUAUAUGGAUUUUUUGAGAAUGUUUAAUUCUAGAUUUUAGAUAAUUAUGUCAUAGAUUUUAUUUAAAAGUGCCUGAACAUUUUUUGGAAGUUUGAGAAAAUAAUGUGAUGUAAUUUUCAGAAUCAGACGUCCGUCCAUUCGCACGUAAUGAAUAUUGACUGGUGAAACGUUUGCAAGCUUGUAAUGUUUGACAUUGUAAACACGAAUGGUGAAUGCCAUGCAACUAAAUUUGUCACUACUAUACAGAUAGUUCAUUGAUACUGUUUUGUUGUAAAUUUUACUAAUUUUAAUUCAAUCAGAAUUUGUUUGUGUGCUUUUGAUAAAUAGCUUGUUUUUAGAGGAAGUGUCUAAACGGUUGCAUUGGAAUGCCUUUUUAUUAGCAACUAUGGCAAACUGAACACCCACCACGGCAGUAGUUUGGUAAUGCAUUGAUGAAUAUUCAUUGCAUAUUAAUGACUUAGAAGAGCCUAAUUUGCAUAUUUUGUUUUCAGUCCAAUACUGUUAUUGAUUUUAUUUGUAUGUGUUGACAAAAAAUGUCUGAGGAAGGAAGUAUAUAUAGGUAAUUAUUUAUUAUUAUCAAUAUGAUUAUUUGUUUUGUUGUUUUUUUAAUUUAUUGUUUUAUGAUUAUAAGUCGUUUGAUACUAUUAUUUUCCUGUUUAAAUAAUUAUAUAUUUUUUUUAUUUGAAUAAUUUGUUGUUUUUAUUCAUACCAUUAACAGUUUUUUUUUUUAUUUUCAUGAUUUUCAUAGUUUUAUUGAUGUAUUGUCAACUGGUUUAUUUGUUGAUUUUGCUGAAAUUAAUUAUAUAUUCUGCUAAGUUGUGAGUGUCUGAACAAACAGGUCGGUGGAGAUUACGAUCAAAUAUUCUUGUGACGAUCAAUCAACGUUAUUAGUUGAUCACGGCCAAGUGAUGAUAAUUCUUGAUUACCCAACAAUGUGUUGGUUGUUCAAGGCCAAUUGAUUAAUUGGUGAAUCAUUUAUUUGACUAUCGACUACUUCUGAUGUAUAGGUAUGCUGUGUUUGUGUAAUUGAGUAUGGUAGUGUGAUUUAUUUAGAUCGAAUGUCGAAAUAAAACAAUAAGAAAGAAAG